AACUCGUUGUUAGCACAGUGACCGAGGCCCGUUCCGCUCAGCCAACGCUUCACGGAGCUGUCUGUGUUAAAUGUGACCUCCCAGGCAGCGUUUCGUUUCGUUUCGUUCACUGCGGACGUGGAGGAUUUGUCUGAAAUGUAGUUAGCUGAACUGGCUGUAACGUGUUAGGUAGAAAAACAAAAAUUUCCCGAGCUUACUAAUUCCACCAAAUAUAAUCAUAACAGCAUUCGUUUGUUGGUUUGGUUGCAGAAUAGGUGAAACCAUUAAAACAACUUUUUGUCAUAUAGAUUGGAUUGACGUUUUGUCGCAUAGCUUGCUCGGUGCUUGUCUUUUGCUCUGGGAAGUAUAAGGACUCCACCGUUUCCUCUUAAUCAGGAUUCUCAUAAAUAGCAAAGGUCUCUGCACAUUCAGGAGUCAACUGUCAGAGGUCAGUAUGUCCCAGUGGAACCAGUUGCAGCAGCUGGACCCUCGGUACCUGGAACAGCUGUAUCACCUGUACAGCGAGAGCUUUCCCAUGGAGCUUCGCCAGUUUCUCGCCCCCUGGAUUGAGAGCCAGGACUGGGCCUAUGCUGCCAACAAGGAGUCUCACGCAACGCUGGUGUUCCACAACCUGCUGGGAGAGAUGGACCAGCAGUACAGCCGCUUCCUACAGGAGAACAACGUGCUGUACCAGCACAACCUGCGGCGCAUCAAGCAGCACCUGCAGAGCAAGUUCCUGGAGAAGCCCAUGGAGAUCGCCCGCAUCGUGGCCCGCUGCCUGUGGGAGGAGCAGCGGCUUCUGCAGACCGCCACCAGCGCCGCACAGGAAGGACAGGCUGCUCAUCCCUCAGGUACUGUGGUGACUGAAAAGCAGCAGAUCCUGGAACACAACCUGCAGGACGUCAGGAAGCGGGUGCAGGAUAUGGAACAGAAGAUGAAAAUGCUGGAGAACCUGCAGGAUGACUUCGACUUCAAUUACAAGACUCUAAAAAGCCAAGGAGAGCUGUCUCAGGACCUGAAUGGGAACAGCCAGGCUGCGGCCACCAGGCAGAAGAUGUCUCAGCUGGAGCAAAUGCUGACAGCCCUGGACCAGCUCCGAAGGCAAAUAGUGACUGAAAUGGCGGGGCUGCUGUCGGCUAUGGACUUUGUGCAGAAGAACCUGAUGGACGAGGAGCUGGCGGACUGGAAGAGGAGGCAGCAGAUUGCCUGCAUUGGAGGACCCCCCAACAUCUGCUUGGACCGCCUAGAGACCUGGAUCACGUCCCUGGCGGAGUCCCAGCUGCAGACCCGCCAGCAGAUAAAGAAGCUGGAGGAGCUGCAGCAGAAGGUGUCCUACAAGGGGGACCCCAUCAUCCAGCACCGGCCCGCCCUGGAGGAGAAGAUUGUCGACAUCUUCAGGAACCUCAUGAAGAGCGCAUUCGUGGUGGAGCGCCAGCCGUGCAUGCCAAUGCACCCAGACAGGCCUCUUGUCAUCAAAACUGGAGUGCAGUUCACCACCAAAGUCAGGUUACUGGUGAAGUUUCCUGAACUGAAUUACCAGCUGAAGAUCAAAGUGUGUAUUGAUAAGGAAUCAGGGGAUGUGGCCGCCCUGCGAGGGUCCCGCAAGUUUAACAUCCUAGGCACCAACACCAAGGUGAUGAACAUGGAGGAGUCCAAUAAUGGCAGUCUGUCUGCAGAGUUCAAACACCUGACUCUGAGAGAGCAGAGAUGUGGGAACGGGGGCAGGACUAACAGUGAUGCUUCCCUCAUUGUGACUGAGGAGCUCCACCUCAUCACCUUUGAGACAGAGGUCUACCACCAGGGGCUCAAGAUGGACUUGGAGACUCACUCCCUGCCAGUGGUUGUGAUCUCUAACAUUUGUCAGAUGCCCAAUGCCUGGGCCUCCAUCCUGUGGUACAACAUGCUCACCAAUCACCCCAAGAAUGUGAACUUCUUCACCAAGCCUCCGGUCGGCACCUGGGACCAGGUGGCUGAGGUGCUGAGCUGGCAGUUCUCCUCCACCACCAAGAGAGGCCUGACCAUCGACCAGCUGACCACACUGGCCGAGAAACUGCUGGGACCGUGUGUCAACUACUCUGGAUGCCAGAUCACCUGGGCCAAGUUCUGCAAGGAAAACAUGGCAGGGAAAGGCUUCUCCUUCUGGGUGUGGCUGGACAACAUCAUUGACUUGGUGAAGAAGUAUAUCCUGGCACUUUGGAAUGAAGGAUACAUAAUGGGGUUCAUCAGUAAGGAGCGCGAGAGGGCCAUCCUGAGCCCCAAGCCCCCUGGGACCUUCUUGCUGCGCUUCAGCGAGAGCAGCAAAGAGGGAGGGAUCACCUUCACCUGGGUGGAGAAGGACAUCAGCGGUAAGACCCAGAUCCAGUCGGUGGAGCCAUACACCAAGCAGCAGCUGAACAGCAUGUCCUUUGCGGAGAUCAUCAUGGGCUACAAGAUCAUGGAUGCCACCAACAUCCUGGUGUCUCCACUGGUCUACCUCUACCCUGAGAUCCCCAAAGAGGAGGCCUUCGGCAAGUACUGCCGGGCCGAAGCCAUGGAACAGCCCGACCUCACCGAUCCAGGUACCACAGUCCCAUAUUUGAAGACUAAGUUCAUCUGCGUUACCCCGUGUCCCUCCAUGUUCAUGGACUUGCCGGACAGCGAGAUGUUGGGCGGAUUCCCUGGCACCAACUCUGGCAACACCAGUGACCUGUUUCCCAUGUCCCCUCGAACCCUGGACUCACUAAUGCAUAACGAGGGGGCGGAGGCCAACCCUGGAGGCCCGCUGGAAUCCCUUACUCUGGACAUGGAGUUCAGCUCAGAUGUGGCGUCGCCGAUGUGAGGAGUCCCUCUCCACGGAGGAAGCCCAUUGGCCCGCACUUCGGACAGGCCCACCAUUUGCAUCUCAGUCACGGCUCUUCCAAACCCACCCACUGGGCUGUCUGACGGGAAGGAAUCUCAGCCGCCAAUCAUAAUAUUACUAUUGUUUUUAUUUUAUUUUUUUAUUUGAGCAUCAGCACUUUGUAGGAGUACCACCAUUCCAUGUCACGAGCGAUGUCAUUUUUCUGCUCAAUGCUGAUUGGCUGCACUGACAGGUUGGAUCAUUUUGUUUCCAGGCAGAACAGGUUGAUCUGUGUCUGCUUCUCCCAGCAGUGUUUAUCUUUCUUGUACUGAUAAAAAAAAUAAUCCAUUAUUAAAGCAUUGUAUUUUUUA